AUGGACUUGAGCCUCCAUGAGCCCAUGUACUAUUUUCUCUGCAUGCUGGCUAUGAGUGACCUGGGUCUGUCCACAUCCAUUGUGCCCAAAUCACUGAGCAUCUUCUGGUUCAAUUCCAGUGAGAUCGAUUUCAGCGCCUGCCUCGCACAGCUGUACUUCAUUCACUGCUUCAGAGUAAUAGAGUCUGGUAUCCUGGUGGCCAUGGCUUUGGAUCGCUACGUGGCCAUCUGCCUUCCCCUGAGACAUUGCACCAUUUUGACAAGUGCCAUGCUGACCAAACUUGUCCUGGCCAUCGUGCUGCGUGGUGGAAUGUUCGCAUUGCCCUUUGUCCUCCUGGUGAGGCAGUGGUCAUAUUGUGGAACUAACAUGGUCCCCCUGCCUUACUGCGUGCACAUCGCUGUGGUGGGGUUGGCGUGUGGUGACACGCGAGCCAGUAGUUAUUAUGGCCUCUUUGCGCUGUCUUGUAUUAAUGGUCUGGAUAUGAUUUUUAUUGUUGUGUCCUAUAUUCUGAUCCUCAGGGCCAUCUUCAGACUCCCCACAAAGGACGCCCGGAUCAAAACUUUCAAGACCUGCAUUUCUCAUCUCUGUUCCAUUUUAGUGUUUCACAUCCCAGGUUUCUACUUCUCCUUCUCGGGACGAUUUGACAAGAAGAAGCCUCACCCUGUCCAAGUUCUUAUUUCCGUAAUGUACUACGUAAUGCCCCCCAUGCUGCACCCCAUCAUCUAUGGUGUGAUGACUAAACAGAUCUGGAGCCGGAUACUUUAUUUCUUUGUUCACAAAGGCUCCUAA